GUGGGGAAGUUGAAACGACUCAGAGUAUGUUCUUUGACCACAGUGGAAUUAAGCCAGAAAUAAAAAUGUAAUAAGAAAUCUCCAAAUAUUUUAAAAUUAAAUUGCAUAAUCCAUGAGUCAAAAAGAAAUCACAACAGAAAUUUCCAAAUAUUUUGAACGGGGAAAAAUUAAGACCUGGCAUAUCAAAACAGUACUUAGAGGGAAAUCGAAAAUCUUAAAUGCACAUGUUAGAAAAGAAAGGCUAAAAAUCAAUAAUCUAAGCUUUCAUCUCAAGAAGCUAGAAAAAGAACAGCAAAUCGAAUGCAAAUAAAGAUGGAAGACAAUUUUAUACACACACACAUAGGCAGAAACAAAAUAAAUGACAAAUAUACAACAGAGGAAAUCAGUGAAGCAAAAAGUUGGUUUCUACAAUGAUUAAAAUUUAAAACUCUUAGACUAAUCAAGAAAAAAAGAGGGAAAACACCAACUGCCAAUAUCAGGAUAAAAAAACACAACUACCAACCUACAGACAUUUAAAAAAUAAAAAGGAAAUAUUAUGAACAAUUUUAUGCCAAUAAACUUGACAAUUUAUGUAAAACAGAAACCAUCCUUUAAAAACACAAUUUUCCAAAACUGAAACAGGACGAAAUUAAGAUCUGAUUAGUCAUAUCUAUUAUAUUAAUUAAAGUUGUUCAUUAAAAACCUUCCCACUCUAAUUCACAGCAGUGAAUUCUCCCAAAUACUUAUGUCAAAAUUAUCACUACUUUGUACAAACUCCUUCAGGGAGUAGAAAAAUAAACAACAUUUUCCAAAUCAUUUGGGUGCCAGCAUAAAUCUGAAUAGGUUAUAACAUUCAAACCUGAAUAGGAUAUUAUAAGAAAAGAAAAUUACCAUUCUUUUUUAUAAAUAUGUACGGAAAAUUCAUUUUAAAAAAUAUUAGCAAAUAAAAUUUUAAAAUUUAUAAAAGAGAAAUAAUAAUUGGAAAAUGGAGUUUAUUUUAGGAAUAUAGAGGCAGUUUAAUAUUUGAAAAUUGAUCAUUGUAAUUUAGCAUAUUAAAAGAUAAAGAACAAAACAUGAUUAUUUCAAUGGAUACAGAAAAAAGUCGUGUGAUAAAAUUCAACACACAGUAGUGGUAAAAUUAUUAGCAAACUAAAAUCAAAGGGAACUUUCAGAGUGACUUUAAAAACCUACAGGAAACAUCAUUAACUAGAAAUUUUCAAAAAUUUUCCCCUGGAGAUCAAGAAUGAAAUAAGGAUACCUGUCUUUUCUUCUCCAAUUUAGUAUUCUAUCACAGGUCCUAAACUGCGGAAUAAAGCAAAGAAGGAAUAAAAGGCACCAUGAUGCGAAGGGAAGAAAUAAAAAUGUCUUUUUAAGUAGACAUGCUUUUAUACCUUGAAAGCCAUGAAGAAUCUACAGGCUACUGGAAUUAAUAAAUGAAGUUAACGAUGCCACUGUAUACAAGGUCAACAUACAAACAUGAGUUCUAUUUCUAUAUAGCAACAAAAAAAGUGAAAAAUUUAAACAUUAUGCAUAAUAAUUUCAAAAAUAGCAGCUAUUUAUAAACAAAUCUAGUUGAAUAUGUAUAAGACUUCUACAUUGAAAACUAAAACAUGAGAAAAAUUAAAGAAGAUCUAAAUAAUUACAGGAAUAUACAAUGUUCACUAAUUGGAAAACUCAGUGUUGGGAAUAUGUCAGUUCUCUCUUAGUCAAUCUAUAGAUUCAAUAAAAUCUUAAACAAAAUUUCAGCAGCUUUCUUUGUGAAAAUUAAUGAGCCGAGCAUUAAGUUUAUUUGAAAAUACAAAAACAGUAAUAACCAAAGGAACCUUGAUGAAAAGGAACCAAACUAGAGAUACCACACCAAAGUCACAAUCCGCAGAAUAAAGAGUUAAUAAGCUGGACUUCAUUAAAAUUAAAACUUUCUGCUCUGCAAAAGACACUAUGAAGAGAAUGAAAAGACAAGACAUAAACUAGGAGAAAAUAUUUGCAAAAGGCAUGCCUGAUAAAGGACUGUUAUUCAAAAUAUACAAAGAACGACUAAAACUCAGCAACAAGAACCCAAUUUAAAAAUAAGCCAAAGACCUUAACAGACACCUCACCAAAGAAGGUAUACAGGUGGCAAAUAAACAUAUGAAAAGAUGCUCCAUAUCAUAUGUUAACAGGGAAAUGCAAAUUAAAAUAACAGUGAAAUACGACUACACACCUAUUAGAAUGACCAAACUCCAGGACACUGACAGUGCCAAAUGCUGGUAAUGAGAGCAACAGGAGCUCUCAUUCAUUGCUGGUGGAAAUGCAAAAUGGUACAGACACUUUGGAAGACAGUUUGGCAGUUUGAUACAAAACAAAAUAUACUCUUACCAUGUUAUCCAGCACUCAUAUUCCUUAGUAUUUACCCAAAGGAGUUGAAAAUUUAUGUUCACACAAAAACUUGCACAGGGACAUUUAUAGCAGUUUCAUUCAUAAUUGCCAAAACUUGGAAGCAACCAAGAUGUUGUUUAGUAGGUGAAUGGAUAAACAAACUGCAGUUCAUUCAACCCAUAGAAUACUAUUUAGCAUCAAAAAGAGAUGAGCUAACAACCCAUGAAAAGACAUUGAGGAAAUCUAAAUGGAUAUUACUAAGUGAAAGAAGCCAAUCUGAAAAGACUACAUACUGUGUGAUUUCAACUACAUGGUGCUCUAGAAAAAGCAAAACUGUGGAGACAGUAAAAAAAUCCAUUUGCAUUGGGUUCUAGGGGAGGGAGGGAGGUAUAAAUAAGUGGAGCACAGGGGAUUUUUAGGGCAGUGAAAGUACUUUGUAUGAUACUAUAAAGGUGAAUACAUAUAAUUUUAAAUUUGUCCAAAGCCAUAGAAUAUACAGCACCAAGAAUGAGCCCUAAUGUAAACUAUGGACUCCAGGUUAUAAUGACGUGCCAAUGUAGAUUCAUCAGCUGUAGCAAAUGAACCACUCUGGUGGAGGAUGUUGAUAGUGGGUGAGGCUGUGCUUGUGUGGGGACAGGGGCAUAUAUGAAAUCUCUGUACUUUACUCUCAUUUUUGCUGUGAACCUAAAACCAUUCUAAAAGUUAAAGUCUACUUUUAAAAAACUGGAGAAUUUACUUCUCAGAUAACAAAACUCAUGAUAAAGCUAUAAUAAUUAACACAAUGAGUUAUUGUAGGAUAAACAAGAUUGAAUAAAACAUCUUCAGAGCUAUGGUUACCUAAUUUAUAACAAAGAUGACGUUUCAAAAACAAUGGAAAAUGAAUUGUCUUUUAAAUAGAUGGUGCAAAGGUUUAAAGCAUUCGGCUACUUAUAUUUUAAAACUUCUGACUCCAAACUGAUUCACUUGAAAGGUUAAUUUCAGGUUGAUUAUAGCUCUAAAUAUGAAAAGUGGAAUAAUUAAUCUUUCAAAAUACAUCAUACAAGAAUAUUUUCAUGACCUUGGAAGAUGUGAACAUUUAAAUAGAACAUAAAAAAAUGCUAAUCAUACAUGAAAAUUAUUGACAAAUCUGACUAAAGGUAAGAAAUUUUAUUCAUCAAAGACACAUAAUAGACUUGAAAUAAAAAUCAUAGAGUGGGAAAAGAUAUUUGCAAUACAUAUAUCUGAAAAAGGACUUAUACCCAGAAUAUAUGAGAAACUUCUGCAGAUCAAUAAGCAAACAGGCAAAUGCCUCCCCCCCAAAAAGUAAAAAGGUUUGCAUAAGCCCUUCACAAGAUUGUAUCCUAAUGGCUGAUAAACAUGAAAAUGUGCUCAAAUUGUUUAAUCACCAGGGAAAAUGCUAACUAAAAUUACAAUAUGAUAUCACCACACACUAACCAGAGUGGUUUAAAAUGGAAAAGAUAGCAUCAAAUGUUGACAAGAAUGUGGAGCAACUGGAACUCUCAUACUUUGCUGGUAUUAGUACAACUACUUGAGAAAACUUUCCCAUUAUCUGCUAAAGCAAAAUAUAUGUGCACAUCUUAAUGCAUAGCAAUCCAACUCCUUUGAAUAUAUUCAACAUAAACACAUAUAUGUGGUCACCAAAAGACUAGUACAAGGAUGUUUAUAACAGUACUAACCAAAAUAGCUUAAACCUGGAAAACAAUGUUCAUCAACUGGAGAAUGAAUAAAUAAAUCAUAGCAUAUUCAUACAACAGAAUAAUAUAAAGCAAUGAGAAUAAAACAAAUAAGAACAAGAUGCCACAGAUCAACUUGACAAACAUAAUAUUGAGGAGAAGAAGCCAGACACAUGAGAGUAACAAUCUAUAACUCCAUUUGUAUAAAGUUCAAAAAAAAAUGCAAAAAAAAACCUAUGUCAACAGAAGUCAGGACAGUGCUUAUCUUUUGGGGAGAGGGUGGUAACCAGACAACAGCAGGUGGGGACUUGGGUUUGGGUAGUAUUUUUAAUCUAGGUUCUACUUAUAGGAGUGUGUUCACUUUGCAAAAAUUCAUUGAGUUAUACACCUAUGAUGUGUGCCAUUUUCUGGGUGUUAUUGGUGUUUACUUCAAAGUGAAAGUAAUUUUUCUUAAACUUUAAAUUUCUACAGAUAUUCCUGAUCACUUAUUUAAUAUAAUCAAAUAAGAAACACCAAAUAAAGUAUAUUUGUGUACUCAAGGGUACUUUUAUGGAGAUUAAUAUAUAAUUUUAGUUUUUUUCUCAAAAGUAUUUUCUCACUGAAAAUUAACUCCACAACAUUUAUAUAGAACUUUCAGUAACUAAGAGCUGGAAAUACCAUCGGGAGAGGUUAUGUGACAAAAGGGUAAGGAUACAGAGGAUGAAAUGGCAAAUACUAUAUGCAAUAGUAAAUUAGGACGCCUGGUGGCGCUGCAGGCUAAGAGUGUGGAUAGUGGGCUCUGCGGAUAACUCAGGCGCCAUUAAGCUGGGGAAUCCAAACUCUAAAAGAAGGACGCAUUUUAGGUAAGAUCUAGUGGCUAGAUCUUCAGGGUGGGCUUCGUUCUUGUGGAAAUCAGUCAAGAAAGAUCGAAUUCGCGGUUAUUUGUGCAAAUCAUCUGGGUGGAUUGUGUACGGAGUUAAAGAAACUGCGCCUUCUGGACCAGGUCUGAACAAUGGAGACUGCGCUAGCAAAAACGCCACAGAAAAGGCAAGUUAUGUUUCUUGCUAUAUUGUUGCUUUUGUGGGAGGCUGGCUCUGAGGCAGUUAGGUAUUCCAUACCAGAAGAAACAGAAAGUGGCUAUUCUGUGGCCAACCUGGCAAAAGACCUGGGUCUUGGGGUGGGGGAACUGGCCACUCGGGGCGCGCGAAUGCAUUACAAAGGAAACAAAGAGCUCUUGCAGCUUGACAUAAAGACCGGCAAUUUGCUUCUAUAUGAAAAACUAGACCGGGAGGUGAUGUGCGGGGCGACAGAACCCUGUAUAUUGCAUUUCCAGCUCUUACUAGAAAACCCAGUGCAGUUUUUUCAAACUGAUCUGCAGCUCACAGAUAUAAAUGACCAUUCCCCAGAGUUCCCAGAGAGGGAAAUGCUCCUAAAAAUCCCAGAGAGCACCCAGCCAGGGACUGUGUUUCCUUUAAAAAUAGCCCAGGACUUUGACAUAGGUAGCAACACUGUUCAGAACUACACAAUCAGCCCAAAUUCCCACUUUCAUGUUGCUAUGCAUAAUCGCGGAGAUGGCAGAAAAUACCCAGAGCUGGUGCUGGACAAAGCGCUGGACCGGGAGGAGCGGCCUGAGCUCAGCUUAACACUGACUGCACUGGACGGUGGGGCUCCGCCCAGGUCCGGGACCACCACAGUUCGCAUUGUCGUCUUGGAUAAUAAUGACAACGCCCCUGAAUUUUUACAAUCACUCUAUGAGGUACAGGUGCCCGAGAACAGCCCCCUUAACUCCUUAGUUGUCGUUGUCUCCGCUCGAGAUUUAGAUGCAGGAGCGUAUGGGAGUGUAGCUUAUGCUCUAUUCCAAGGCGAUGAAGUUACUCAACCAUUUGUAAUAGACGAAAAAACUGGAGAAAUUCGCCUGAAAAGGGCAUUGGAUUUCGAGGCAACUCCAUAUUAUAACGUGGAAAUUGUAGCCACAGAUGGUGGGGGCCUUUCAGGAAAAUGCACUGUGGCUAUAGAAGUGGUGGAUGUGAAUGACAACGCCCCUGAAAUCACCAUGUCUACGCUCUCCAGCCCUACCCCAGAAAAUGCCCCGGAAACUGUAGUUGCUGUUUUCAGUGUUUCUGAUCCAGACUCCGGGGACAACGGUAGGAUGAUGUGCUCCAUCAAGAAUGAUCUCCCCUUUCUUUUGAAGCCCACAUUAAAAAACUUUUACGCCCUAGCGACACAGAGAACACUGGACAGAGAGAGCCAAGCCGAGUACAACAUCACCAUCACUGUCACCGACUUGGGGACACCCAGGCUGAAAACCGAGCACAACAUAACCGUGCUGGUCUCCGACGUCAAUGACAACGCCCCUGCCUUCACCCAAACCUCCUACACUCUGUUCGUCCGCGAGAACAACAGCCCCGCCCUGCACAUCGGCAGUGUCAGCGCCACAGACAGAGACUCAGGCACCAACGCCCAGGUCACCUACUCGCUGCUGCCGUCCCAGGACCCGCACCUGCCCCUCGCCUCCCUCGUCUCCAUCAACGCAGACAACGGCCACCUGUUUGCCCUCAGGUCGCUGGACUACGAGGCCCUGCAGGCGUUCGAGUUCCGCGUGGGCGCCACAGACCGCGGCUCCCCGGCGCUGAGCAGCGAGGCGCUGGUGCGCGUGCUGGUGCUGGACGCCAACGACAACUCGCCCUUCGUGCUGUACCCGCUGCAGAACGGCUCCGCGCCUUGCACCGAGCUGGUGCCCCGGGCGGCCGAGCCGGGCUACCUGGUGACCAAGGUGGUGGCGGUGGACGGCGACUCGGGCCAGAACGCCUGGCUGUCGUACCAGCUGCUCAAGGCCACGGAGCCCGGGCUGUUCAGUGUGUGGGCGCACAAUGGCGAGGUGCGCACCGCCAGGCUGCUGAGCGAGCGCGAUGCGGCCAAGCACAGGCUGGUGGUGCUGGUCAAGGACAAUGGCGAGCCUCCGCGCUCGGCCACCGCCAUGCUGCACGUGCUCCUGGUGGACGGCUUCUCCCAGCCCUACCUGCCUCUCCCUGAGGCGGCCCCAGCCCAGGCCCAGGCCGACUCGCUCACCGUCUACCUGGUGGUGGCGUUGGCCUCGGUGUCUUCGCUCUUCCUCUUUUCGGUGCUCCUGUUCGUGGCGGUGCGGCUGUGCAGGAGGAGCAGGGCGGCCCCGGUCGGUCGCUGCUCGGUGCCCGAGGUCCCCUUUCCAGGGCAUCUGGUGGACGUGAGCGGCACCGGGACCCUGUCCCAGAGCUACCAGUACGAGGUGUGUUUGACCGGAGACUCAGGGGCCGGCGAGUUCAAGUUCCUGAAGCCGAUUAUUCCUAACCUUUUGCCCCAGGGCGCUGGUGAAGAAAUAGGGAAAACUGCUGCCUUCCGGAAUAGCUUGGGAUUGAAUUAGAGAUCUCGUUAUGACGCGUUGUUUUCUGCCAUUUAUCCCAAACUUUUUCAGAUCUAGAAUUCGAGAGUGUCAUGGACAAAAAUUUCACCUUGAGAUUUAGCUUUUAUUUCCCUUUUUAAUGGAUUUGUCUGUUGAACUUUAUGCUGUCCAAGUGUUGAAAACUCAAUUUAAUUUCAUUGCAUUUAUUUACAUAGGGUCAUUCCAAAUCCGUGCAUGCUGUUGAUUUUCCUGAGACUUUUUUCUCUUCUUGUUGGUAUUUGUUGUGAUAAACCACCGUAAUAAAAUCAAAUAUUAAUUUUAUUUUCUA